AAAGGGCAAAGCCUUCUGAAAUAGCAACAAAGUUGUUCACAAACCACUUUGUGGUUUGCAUUUGGUUUCAGCCAGCUUCAGCAACUUGUUGCCAUGAGGAAAACAACCUGCACUUUCCUGGCCGGCCGGGGAAGGAUCGCUGCCUUGUGAAGUGCUCCUGCCCAAGGUGCAAAGGGGGUGGCGAUGGUAGCUGGGCAGAGCACGGAGGACCUCAGCCAACAGAGCCAGACAAUGAGAGCAGGGGAGGAUGAGGAGAGCAGCCAGGGCAGCAGCUGCCGCCAGCUCCCAGCUGCAACAGGUUGUGGAACAUUUACCUUUCUAUCUUCUGCUAUUGCUGCCACAAGUGGACUUCUGAUGGGUUAUGAGCUGGGCCUUAUCUCUGGAGCUCUUCUUCAGAUAAGCAGCAUAUUAGCACUCUCUUGCAAAGAGCAGGAAGUCGUUGUAAGUUCCCUGCUUUUUGGGGCCCUAUUUGCAUCCCUUACUGGUGGAUUUCUGAUAGACAGAUUUGGAAGGAGACUUACUAUUAUUAUUGCAUCUUCUUUACUUGUGUUGGGGAGUCUGAUUUUACUGCCCUAUGAAUCAUAUGAGAUACUUAUUGUGGGACGGAUUGCCAUAGGUAUUUCCAUAUCAUUAUCAUCAAUUGCGACGUGUGUCUAUAUUGCUGAGAUUGCCCCACAGCACAGAAGAGGCCUCCUCGUAUCAUUAAAUGAACUCAUGAUUGUGAUAGGCAUUCUCUUUGCCUAUAUUUCAAAUUAUGCUUUUGCCAGCAUAUCUCAUGGCUGGAAGUACAUGUUCGGCCUUGUGAUUCCAUUAGGUGCUUUGCAAGCUAUUGCCAUGUAUUUCCUUCCUCCAAGUCCUCGGUUUCUUGUCAUGAAAAAUAAUGAUGAAGCUGCAAGAAAAGUACUGGAGAGGCUACGGGAAACGUCAGAUGCUACUAAAGAACUUACUGUGAUCAAGUCUUCCCUGAAAGAUGAACAUCAGUAUAGUCUCUUGGACCUGUUUCGUUCAAAACACAACAUGAGAGCUCGAAUGCUGGUAGGACUCACUCUAGUCUUUUUUGUGCAAACAACUGGGCAACCCAACAUUUUAUUUUAUGCAUCGACUGUUUUGAAGUCAGUUGGGUUCCAGAGCAAUGAAGCUGCCAGUUUGGCUUCUACUGGAUUUGGAGUAGUAAAAGUUGUUAGUACAGUCCCAGCCACAGUUUUUGUGGAUCAAAUUGGAAGUAAAACUUUUCUGUGUAUUGGCUCUUCUGUUAUGGCAGUAUCAUUGGUCACUAUGGGCUUAGUGAACCGUAACAUACAUGUGAAUUUUACCAAUGUCUGUAGAAGACAAUCUCCAGAGGAUUUCUUUCUCCAGAGACCAGGAAACUUCACUAUCACCAAUGGGAGUCUUAAGGACCUCUUUGCUAGCUUGGCUUCAACAGAAAGAUCAUCAUUUGAUGCACAGAAAAACCCAGAUGUUGCCAGGACAGGAGAACUGAACAGGACUGCACUGCCAGAAGGCAAAAGCACAGCAGGGUUUCACAUGGAAAGUGGGGAGGUUCCUGUUGUCCUGAAAUGGCUCUCACUGGCCAGCCUGCUUGUUUAUGUUGCUGCAUUUUCCAUAGGUCUUGGACCAAUGUCCUGGCUGGUCCUGAGUGAAAUUUUCCCUGGUGGGAUCAGAGGACGGGCCAUGGCUUUGACAUCUAGCAUGAACUGGGGUAUAAAUCUCCUCAUCUCCUUGACAUUUUUGACUGUAACUGAGCUCAUUGGCUUGUCCUGGGUGUGCUUCAUUUACACAAUAAUGAGCCUAGUGUCCCUGGCUUUUGUUAUUGUGUUUAUACCAGAGACAAAAGGAUGCUCUUUGGAGCAAAUAUCAACGGAACUAGCUAAACACAAAUACGUGAGGACGCCCUUGUGCGGGGUGAGCCACCGCAGAGAGAAACUGGUCCCGGAGGAACUUGCCGAGAGAGAGAAGGAGCAGCUCUACUAGACCCGGGGCAAGCAAAAUAGCCUUUGCCAGAGGACUGAUUAAAAAAAACGAAAAAUGUUCAGUGAUCCUCACACACGGAUGGAACACAUGGUAUCGUUAUAAUGCAGAAAAUAUUAUCUCUUUCAUUUCUUAGUAGAACUUCUUUCAGUGGCAGUUUACAGCCAACAUUAAAGAUUGCUGUAGUUUAUAACUAA